GUUUGAAUAGAAAACUGAUUUUAAUCUAAAUUACCAAGCGUGUGUAAGAAAUUAAGGAAAUUUUCAACGAAUGUGCAUUUUUCCUUCAAUAAAAUACAUAAAAUAAUUGAAUAUAUAAAUAACAAAAGUAAAAUAUUAAAUUAUUAACAUCAGGAAGAAAAAAAGGAAACAUUAAGGAAGUUAUAAAAAAAUUGCUAAAAAUAAAUAACACGUGCGUGCGUGCGUUUUUAACACCAAAGUGAUUACACACUUUUAUUUAAAUUUCAGAGUGAAUACUUAACCGGUUGUAAAUUAAAUUCAAAAAUUUUAAAAAUUAUUUACUUAAAUCCUUAUUGAGUUUGUACCACAGUUAGAAAAAGAAAAGCAAUAGCCCUUGUUUUGGCCAGUCUUAAGAAAAUAAGAGCUUAAAUUUAUCAAACAAAAAAUUUUUCACAACGAUUUCAAGUGUCUUCUUACUGUUUUAAAAGAAAAUAUAUAUUAUUUUUAAAAAUUUUGCUAUUAUUAUCCAAAUAACAAAUAAAAAAGUAUUUGUGUUUUUUUCUUGGUGUGUGAAAAUAUUGUAGAAUUCCAAAUAUAAGCAAGUGUUCAUGAAUUUUUAAUGCCAAAUGCUAAAGUAUUGAUGUCAUACUCCUGUUAAUAUUAUAUACUAAAUUAUAAGAAACAUAACAAAAAACCGGAUAAAUAUCAAAGUUUUUUCUUAUCUGUGUAACUUCCUCUUAUCUCUAUAUCUAAAAAAGGAACACAUUUAAGAAAUUUUUUCAAUAUCUUUAAAAAGGUAUCACUCUUUGAUACUAUCUAACUUCCACAAGUCUUUUACUCAUUCAAGUAAAUAUCAAACAACUGUGCUUUGUUCAAAAUUAAUAAAAAUCUGAAAAAAAACUGCGACGACUACACUUCAACGAAUCAACUUUGUGCACUUUUCUGCUAAUAAAGAAAAAGUAUAUAAAAACUAUAGAAACCCUAAACUAAAACUCUUCUCUUUCUAAACCUAGAAAUAAAAACAAAAGUCGUCUUCAUCUAAUCUUAAGAUAUUUAAUUGAGUGUUUGUGUUAAGCUUUAUAAACCUUUGAUACUUUUUGAAGUCUUAAAGCCUAAUUAAGAAUUUAAAACAAAUAAUCAACGAAGUAACAACAACAACCCAAAAAAUCUAAGUAAAACAACUUCAAAACUUAUUUACUACUAAAUAAAUCCAAACCAACUUACACAUAGUAAUACAAAAACAAAACCCCUAAGUAAAAAUGGCAGCAUUUAUAGCGAAACAAAUGGUUGGCAACCAAUUAAGCGCCGUUAAAGAUGCUGCAGGCGGUGGUGAUGGCGGUGAUGAUGCCGAUGAUAAGGAAAAGGCAGAGGAGGAGGAGAGAGAGCGUCAGGAGGCCAUCCGUGAGGCCGAAGAACGACGCAAGGAGAAGCAUCGUCGUAUGGAAGAGGAGCGUGAAAAAAUGCGACAAGAUAUACGUGAUAAGUAUAACAUCAAGAAAAAAGAAGAGGUAGUAGAAAUGCAGCCGCAAGAGGAACCAAAUCCUUUGAUGAGAAAAAAGAAAACACCUGAAGAAUUGGCUGCCGAAGCUGAACAGGAAGAGUUGGAUGAUUUUACAAAACUGAAAAAUCAAAUAGAAACGCAAGUAAAUGAGCUAAAAACCCAAAUAGAGGGAAAAUGCGUCAUGCAGUGAUAUGUCAACAUAAUAUAUAUAAUAUAAAAAAAUAAU